GUGUUGUUGUACCAGCUGCCUAGCCCGGACAGCGAUGACAACUAACGAUUAAAGCAAGAUCUGAUUUAUCCAUAAAAAGAUUAAAACUGUAAAAUAAGCCAUGAGUCACCCAUAAAAAAAGCCAGAUUAGACGAGAGCAUGACUCACUCAUGAGAAGGUGGGCCAUGGAUUUCCUCACCCUCUUCGCGGUCUAUGUAGUGGCGGUGCUGACGUGCAUCGCCCUCGUCUGCAGGUACUCGGGUCGACAACAAACCCCCUUCACUUUACUCUUGGACUGCGUAUGGAGGGUAAUUGCGCCGGUUACUCCAGAAUGGCUCCGGAGGUGCUCACACGGGGCCGUUCACAAGCUGUUUCACCAAAGGAACACCAUGUUCAUUUAUCUGCAUUUGCUGCUGGAGGGGGCGGUGUAUGCAGAGUUUACCUGCGAGGUGGUCGGCUACUGCAGGGAAAUGGACACCACGCUGACCAGCCUGUCUGUGCCUUACGUCCUGCUGGCCGUCAAGUCCUUCCUCUUCUACCUCUGCAUCACAACAGAUCCAGGCUCGGUAACGAAGCAGAGCGUGGCCGGCCAGCUGCAGGUCUACCCAUACGACAAGAGGAUGUUCCAUCCCGGCAUCUCCUGUCCAACCUGCCUGCUGCUUAAACCGGCUCGGUCCAAACACUGCAGAACAUGCAACAGGUGCGUUCAGCGUUUUGACCACCACUGUGUCUGGGUGAAUAACUGCAUCGGGGCCCAGAACACCCGGUACUUCCUGCUGUACCUGCUCAGCGUGUGUGCCAUGGCGGGGGACGUGGCCUUGCUGACGGCGGACAUGUUGCUCCACGCCGUGCUGCGGUCGGGGCUCCUGAGGGCCAGCUACAUAGACGACGACGGGACUCGGCAGACAGCGGGGCCCCUGUUUGUCAUGCAGCAUCUGUUUCUGACGUUCCCCCGCAUCGUCUUCAUGUUGGGCUUCUUGGUCUUCGUCUUCUUCUUGCUGGCUGGGUACGCCCUCUUCCACUGCUACCUGGCGCUGGUGAACCAGACCUCCAACGAGUGGUACAAAAGCCGAGGCCUCGUCUGCCGGCACUGCCGCCCGGGGGCCGCCGCACACCACCAGCGGGGCCCGGCGCCGGACCGUUCCCAGAGACACUACUACAGCAGAGGACUUCUGAAAAACCUGGCGGAAAUCUUCUUGCCCCUGCAGCCUGCUCUGAAGAAAAGCAACUGAAGGAUGGCGAACGGAACCGCCGGCCGUGUUGUUGUUGGACCGUUGUGUUGACCGUGUUGCAUUUUCUAGUUUUUGUAAAGGCGAGCGCCUGAAUAAAUGUC